AUGGCCAAAGACGGCGGCGGAGUGUUGCGCAAGGUGCGGCCGUCGGUGCGCCCCGCGGCCGGCUUUGCGUAUUCGCAGCUGAAUACAGCUGCGAUACAGCUGCUAUCUUGCACAGGCUUCCAAGGCGCAAGCGCGAAUGCGUGCGCUGUACUUGCAGAGCUGAUCCAGCGCUAUGUGCAGUUGCUCGCACGCACAAGCGCUGAUUUUGCACAGAGUGCAAACAGAGUCGAGGAGACGGCGUGGGACAUUGAGUGUGCCGUGAACCAUAUUAUGGGCGAAGAUGCGUUUACGGAAGUGCACGAGUGGGCAGACGACGAAAAUAUUUGGAAGCGCGAUAGCCAAGAUUGGGUGCCCGAGGCGAUUGGGGAGCAAUGCAAGCGGCUAGCGAAGCAAGGUGCGCGGCCUUUGCCCGUGGUCAAAGAGACAUUUACCUACGAACAACUCUCUUCAUCGAUGCUUGCCGAGCUCGAGAUCAGGCGCGCUGCACACGAAGCGAUGGACGAGGGCGUGGUGUGGGACGAUGCGCCGUCGGAUGCCUUCGCGACCAGCGUUUUGCCGCCUGUUUCUGGCUACAUUCCCGCGUUUCUUCCAGCGCUCCCAGACAUGCAUGCUGAGCAUCCUGCUCUCGCGCUCAUGGAAGAAGACGAAGAGGAGCGCAAGCCAGCGAUCCUCCACCAUGCCAUGCAAAAAAAACGGCUCGACAUACUUGCGCCCACCGGCGAUGUCAACGCAAAAGACAGGGACGGUGUGCGGCGCGUAUGGCGGCGCCGUGCGGCCGAGUACAACGGCGUGCUCUCUGAAGAGUCCAACGCACGCAACAAACUACCGUCGAUCGAAGCGUUCCAUUCGAUGCAGCCCUCAGCAAGCGAGUCUGUGGAUGCUGCACCGCGCCACAUGUCUUCUCUAGACGCAUUCUUGCAUGCAGCCGAAGAGCUGACCGAUGAUCCCACCGUGCAUUCUCCCCUGUACCUUACCUCGCUCGCACGCUCGCACCACGUCAACCCCAACUCGUCCGCGUUCAUCGACGGCGCAUUCAAGCGCCGACGCCUUGCGCACUGUUUUGCCGAUCCCCUGCGCUACAUGCCGAACGACUCGGUGCAUGGCUGCGUGAACGUGCAUCCGGCCUCGCCCUCCUAUGCACCCGGCCCCAGUCUGUUGAUCACCAUUCCCGACGCGAAAGAAGGCCACGAGGAGGACAUUACCGCCUCCCCCGUCUUCACUCCCGUCCAUCCGCACGGCCGUGCGGUGACGAUGAAUAUUCCCAGCGGCGCGCUGUACCCCUCCUUGUCCUACCGCUUCCCGCCCCAGCUCUAUGCGGGCGUUCGGCUGGUCACCGUGCCUACUUUGCAGCGUGUCUUUUCGCGAAGUGCAGACCCGCCAGCGCUAUUGGACGAUCAUCAUACAGAGCGCGUUUUCCACGGCAUGUCGGCGAGUCGCACGCUUAUGACGGGCACGAUGAUGUCUGUACAGAACCGCGACUCGACGAGCGCCAUGGUGAAUCGGUACCGCGGCGGAAAUUCAGUGCUGCACGCUUCUUUGGAGCGACUUCGUUUCUCUCUAGCCGCGCAGCUUGCCGCGCAGCGCCAAGCUCUUAAAGAGCACGGCAAGGUCGACGAGCUUGACGAGGAGCCGAUUCGCGGCGAGCGUAUCAAAAUGCCGACGUCUGGCACGCUGGUCUAUUCGUGGAACUGGCAGCAGGCGAUGCCAUGGGCAUCCUCUUGA